CGCACUUCUUAUAAAGCUGCUAGGGAGAGAGCAGCCUCUAUUACAUAAAGCAGGCAACAUGGUAUCAGUCUGGAAAUGGGUCUUGGCAAACCGAAAUUACUUCAUCAUCUUCCUCACACCUUUGUUCCUUCUGCCCCUGCCAUUGGUGGUGCCCUCUACGGAAGCAAACUGUGGAUUUAUAAUCAUUAUCAUGGCAUUAUAUUGGUGUUUUGAAGCUCUCCCCUUGGCUGUUACUGCUCUCCUACCAGUUGUUCUUUUCCCUAUGAUGGGCAUCAUGGAUUCCACUGAGGUGUGCAGUCAAUACCUGAAAGACACCAACAUGCUGUUUGUUGGGGGGCUCCUGGUUGCAAUAGCAGUUGAAAAAUGGAAUUUACACAAGCGUAUAGCCCUGAGGGUGCUUCUGAUCGUUGGAGUCAAACCUGCUUUCUUGAUUUUGGGAUUUAUGAUAGUAACAGCCUUCUUGUCUAUGUGGAUCAGUAACACUGCCACAACUGCCAUGAUGAUCCCUAUAUCCCAGGCGGUGCUAGAUCAGCUUCAUAACUCAGAGGAGAAGCUAGAAGAUAAUUAUUUGGAGAAUCUUGGCGACACCUUAAAGAAGUCCAUGGAUGACUUUACUGAAAUUGUGGAAGAUGACAUGAAAAAUCAGCCAUAUGACAUUCAACUGGAGAAUUCCUCAGAAAUGAAAGGGAAGGGCUCUUUAGAUCCAGCAUUUGUCAAUCACGAGAAGGAAAGUGAAUUUUCAACAGAUGCUGGCCCCACCAUGAUUGCAUUAGAUAAUGGUAAACCAAGUGACACCAAACAACAGAACAGGCAACAAAAGCACUUAAAUCUCUGCAAGGGCAUGAGUCUUUCUGUGUGUUAUUCUGCCAGUAUCGGAGGCGUUGCUACUCUCACGGGUACCCCACCAAACCUUGUAUUGAAAGGACAAAUAGAAGAGGUGUUCCCAGGGAACGAUAACGCAAUCAAUUUUGCUUCUUGGUUUGGAUUCGCCUUUCCAGCAACAGUUGUGUUACUUGCCUUAACGUGGAUCUGGCUUCAGAUUAUGUUUCUUGGAAUUAACUUUAAACAAAAUUUUGGUUGUGGUGGGACACCAGAACAAAAGGAAAAAGAGAGAAGAGCUUAUGGGGUGAUUUCCUCGGAAUACCGAAAUUUGGGCUUUAUGAGCUUUGCGGAGGUCUGCGUUCUGGUUCUCUUUGUUUUGUUAGUGAUUCUGUGGUUCACAAUGGAUCCAGGUUUUAUGCCUGGCUGGGCAACAAUCAGUUUUAACAAGGGCGGAAAAGGUUUUGUUACAGAUACAACAGUUGCUAUGUUCAUUUCUCUUACAAUGUUUUUCUUUCCAUCGGAGAUGCCCUCAUUGAAGCGUCAGGACACAGGACAGUUAGGGGAGAAGGCCAGUAUAAAAGUCCCCCCUCCUCUACUAGACUGGGCCACCAUUAACCAGAAGAUGCCUUGGAGCAUUAUCAUCCUGCUGGGUGGAGGGUUUGCUUUGGCCAAAGGGAGUGAGGUAUCAGGAUUGUCAUUAUGGAUUGGGGAGAAACUGACACCAUUGCAAAACCUGCCUCCAGCAGCUACAGCCUUCAUAUUGUGUCUGCUGGUUGCUGCAUUCACUGAAUUUACCAGCAAUGUAGCCACUACUACUUUGUUUUUGCCCAUCCUGGCUUCAAUGGCUAAAGUAAUCAAAAUCAAUCCAUUGUACAUCAUGAUCCCAUGCACUCUUUCUUCCUCUUUGGCCUUCAUGCUACCAGUGGCCACACCACCCAAUGCCAUAGCCUUCUCAUAUGGACAACUCAGGGUUAGUGACAUGGCAAAAGCUGGACUUCUUCUGAACAUCCUUGGUGUGCUGACCAUCACACUGGCCAUCAACAGUUGGGGCUAUUAUAUAUUUAACUUGGGAACCUUCCCUUCGUGGGCAAAUAUCACAGAACACUCUUAAUGCACAUUCUAUGGGAAUAGAAAAAUAUUAGUAUAAAUUACCGGUACAUUACAUUAGAGGCUAAAGGAAACUGAAAUGUAGAUAUAUGACUUCAUUGCCAUAUGAACUUUAUCUUCCCCGACAGUGCAUGUGUUAUUUCUCCAUCCUAACAGUGAACACAAGGUCUAAGACCAGAUUAAACUUGCUUACUAUCACUACAGAUCUCAUAUUCAUUGAACUAGAAGGGAUUAGACUUUAAUGGUCUAUUGGAGAACUGGUGCAUGAAUUACACCCAUGUUAAUGCUACAAGUUGAAAUAAUAAAUAUAGGUGCAAUGUAAA